CGUUUGAACGCGCCGAGCACCGGAGGGGAUCAUUUCCAUGGACCAUCUGUCUCGCUGCGGCCGCUGCACAACAAAGAAGGACCCAGGAUGGUGUUAGUACAUGUUGGAUAUCUGGUUCUCCCCGUCUUCGGCUCAGUUAGAAAUAGAGGAGCACACUUCACCAGGCAUCACAAUAGCCAUGCUACCUCCUGCCGACACUUUCACCUGGGCGCUCCCCAGGCGCCCAUCUCAGCCGAGUUCCCUCUGGGACACACCAGCCAGCCCCCUCAGACGGGCCUGGCCACCCACCUGCCCCCGGCGCACCAUCCGCCCCUCACUGCCCUGCCCGCACCCCCCCAGUUCCAGGAUGUGCCGGGGCCUCCAUUCCUACCUCAGGCCUUACACCAGCAAUACCUCAUCCAGCAGCAGCUUCUUGAAGCGCAGCACCGCAGGAUCCUCCCGCACUCCAGAAGAACCCAGGAGCGUAUUCCCCUGAACCCUCACCGACUGCGUUCGGGCUACGAGUUCUCCCCUCCCCUCCAUGUUCCACAGCCAAUGACACAGCAGCCGCGGUAUCUGGCCGAAGGCACUGACUGGGACCUGAGUGUGGACGCGGGCAUCCCUCACCACCAGUACCAGCUCCAGCAGCUCCCUCAGCACUAUCAGCAUUACCUGGCCUCCCCUCGCAUGCACCACUUCCCCAGGAACACAUCCUCCGCACAAGUGGUCGUGCAUGAAAUCAGAAACUACCCGUACCCCCAGCUGCACCUGUUGGCCCUGCAAAGUCUGAAUCCCUCGAGGCACGCCACUGCUGUGCGAGAGAGUUACGAGGAGCUGUUGCAGCUUGAAGACCGGCUGGGGAGUGUAAGCAGAGGAGCCGUUCAGACGACCAUCGAGAGAUUCACCUUUCCACACAAAUACAAGAAGAGAAAGCCACUGCAUCUGAAGAUCGGGGAGGAGGAGGAAACCGAUGUGGAUGAGAAGUGUACCAUCUGUCUGUCUAUGCUGGAGGACGCCGAGGACGUCAGGAGACUGCCCUGCAUGCACCUCUUCCACCAGGGCUGCGUGGACCAAUGGCUGGCCACCAGCAGGAAGUGUCCAAUCUGCCGCGUUGACAUCGAAACACAGCUGAACCCUGACAGCUGAUGAGAUUCAGACCGCGCACGCACACACACCCCCCUCCACACUCUUGUCAAUCACCGUUGUGUGGUUCCACGCUUUCUUCCACCCCAUCCCCCCCACACCCAACUGUCGGGUGCUUUGCCAAAUGUCUCCAGACGUCAUGUGACAUCACCACCCUCCUUCUGACUCAUGCUUUACUGAGCCAAGCCAGGAUAACUAACUGCACGAGAGGCCGCGACAGAGUCUCUUUUAUAUAGAAGCACAUCCUUCUGGAAGCAAAAGACAUGCAAACACACACACACACUCUCACACACACACAGAUAUGUACACAGGGUUUACUUGUAGCUUGCUGCUUGUCAGUUGGGUGUUGUUGCUGUGGUAGUGUUGUACUGUAGGUAGCCCCGGGCUGUGUAGCAUGUCCUUAAAGCCAUGACUUAAUGUCCCGAGAGUGGAAUCAUAACCCCACAGUGAGCUGGCUACUUUCUCCCUCUCUCAUACAUGUAUUAUGAGAGAGUGUAUUAUACAUGUACAUAUAUAUGUAUAAUACACACACAUUUAAUAUAUAUAUAUAUAUAUAUGUAUAUAUAUAUAUAUAUUUCUCUCUUUUCACACACACUUCAACAUGAAUAUUCUGCCACACAAGAAAGCUUACCAGAAACUAAAUGCUCUGAUGCCAUGUUUACCUAAAGAUCAUUUGUGGUCGUAGUAGAGUAGCAGUAACCAACAAGUGAUAUCUGGUGCACAGACGCCCUCCUGGUGGGCGAGCGCCAGCCUAGCUGAGUGUUUUACUUCUCUCAUGCAGCUUUGACAUUUUUGCAAUACAGUCGUACAUUUACCUUGGGUUGGUGUCAUGUGAGAUGGUGUCGUGUGAGUUGGUCUCUCUGUCACUGCCGCAUAAAACCCAGCCCGGUGACUUGAGUCGUUGUGUGUGUUUUUAACGUUUAAAAAAGAGAAAAAAUAGGUAGAGAGUAUUUUACCAAAAUCAAUUUUUGUUUUCACAGUGUAGCUUCAACCUGGCGACACGUCUGUGCUCGGCCCUGCUGUGAGUGUGUGGAUGUGGCAAACUAAAAGUGUGGGUGUUGGAAAAAGUGCAAAUGUGAGUGUGUGAGUUUAAGGGUUUCAGGCAACAGGUAGACUCACUGUAGGUUAAUGGCCACUGGAGUGCUUAUACAACACGAAGCCCAAAAAAAAACAAAACAGGAGGAUGAAUAAAAGAAAGUAUCGUGCACUGCCGAGCGAGGUGGGAGGAAGAUUGAGCCGCUUUGGUACCUGCACCUUCAUCUUGGCGCCGGGCCAGUGGCAGAACGUCGUGAGCUAAAAAAAAAUGCAUGUUUCAGCGUCGAGUCGGGCUGUGAGCUUUGCAAGUGUUACUCCAUUUUCAGGGUGCAGAGACGGCUGUGCAUGACUUAGUGAUUGCUUCUCGACACUAACAAAGAAACAAAAAAAAAAACAAGCACGGCGUCAGAUCCCCUGACUUGUAGCGUGCGUGCAUCUCGGGAUCCUCUUUCGGUGGGAACCUGUUGGCCUAAAGAACAAACACAUGUGACAGUAGUUACGGUGACAAGUAGUUCUUUUCACUCGGUAUUGCAUUUGGUUCAUAUUUAGGUAUAGAUUCAUGCAGUGUUUUCAGCAGAGAGAAGAGCUUGUGUAUUGAUCUCGUGUAUUUGUGUGACAGACCUCCCCUCGUGGUUGCUAUGCUGGUUGCUAUGCUGUAUUGCUAGAACAUGUAGAACGUGGUGUGACGGAGGCAGCCUCCCUCUCACAGUGCACACAGACGUGAGACGACACGGCAGCAGGGGGAACACUCAGGCUGUUCCAUCCAGUCUCGCCUGCUUUCACUUCGGUUCACAGGUCCCUGCGUGUUAAUUGCUGCUCUGAGGACCCUCGCCGUCCUACGCACUGUGAUGAUUAAGAAUAAGACUUGGCCCAGAGUCUCUUUCAGGCCAAGGACCAAUCAAAACAGGAUCCACUUCUCCCUGUCUUGUGCACUGCCAGUGUCGACACUGCCUCCUCCUGUAGUGGAGUCAUCCGUGAUGAAGUUUUCAUAGUUUACACAGGGUCUUGUCAGUUCAGAUGCCUUAAGUAUUUAACAAUCAUAAUUUAUUACUAACUGUAGAUAUUGUGGGUAUGUAUUUAAUUUUGUAUAGUUUUUUUUUCUGGGGGGGGGCGACUGAAUCAUAAUUUAUUUAUUUAGAAAUAACACAAAAAAUGCUAUGAAAAAAAAACAAUUACCUCAUUUUUGCAUUGUUUUAAAUAGGAAUGCUUUGCAUGCAGUUGUACUUUUUGGAACACUGAAACGAAAACAACAAAAAUAACACGAUUCACCCUGCUGUUUGACCUCCACAAGCUGGCUGCGCGAUGUUUACUGUCCAAGUCUGAGCUACUGAGCCCGCUCUCUCUCUCUCCUGCUCUCUCUCUCUGUCUCUCUCUCUCUCUCUCUCUCUCUGUCUGUCUCUCUCUCUUUCUCACUCUCAUGUGGUGCUGUGGAUCUUGGUUACAUUCCAUUCAAUGCAAUUUCUCAGAUCCCCCAUGCUGUGAUGUAGUGGACAAACUGCAAUGAAGUGAAUUGGUUUUAGUUUGUGACUUCUCUUUUCUUUUGUUUUGCACUCACUUGUUUAAAUAUGGGAACCCUCUCACUGGCAAAAAGGUAGUUUCGAUAAUUUCAAAUUAUCACUAAGAACUCUGGCUUUUUUUUAAAUUUUAUUUUCAAAUUUCAUUUUUAAUGCUCUGCUUCUCACAAUGCACUAUGGGUCUUAAUGAUGAUCAUCUGUGAAGCAUGUUCCUUCGCUUUAACUCUUUUGUGUCGAUCUCUUUUCAUUUGAAUUUCUCUGGUGUUUCUCUUCAGUUCGUUUUUUCCAGACUAGUUUGUAGACUUACGCAUAACAAGUGCCUCGCUCUAAGUGUUAGGAGAUAUUUCCAUAUGACUGAAACCAUCAACAAUCAAUCCACGAAGCCACCAUGCCUUAUUGGUCGCCCAGUUAAUUGAAAGAAUGGGUCACGAAGGAGCUACGACAACAUUUGACAGGUGUCUACAAAAGCCAUUUUCCUCAAAAACUUCCAGUCAAAAUGUCCAAAAUAGCUGCGGGGAAAUAGUUUUAAAGAGGCAUCUUUCACUGUGGGCUUUACAAAUACUCCACUCACCUUUCGCUCCUUCAUUUCUCCCUUCUCCCUAUCUCCCAUCUCCUAUUCUCUCCAUUUCUUCUUUUGAUUUCACCGUCCAUCCCUCCUCUCUGGAUCUAUCCUCCGUUUCCUUUCCCAGUCUAAAAAGGAAGGCAAGGAUUUUAAAGCACAACCUUUUUCUAAAAAUGCAUGUUUUCUCAGGUUUCAAUAUAGUCUCAAUGGUUUAAUAGUAUAUGGUGAAAAUAUAUACAAAGAAUAUAACAGAAAAAAAAACUAUUAAUUUUGUUGCUGCUUGAAUCUGAAAAACAAAACUGAAGAGAAAAAUCCCAAAAAGUGCCAGUGAAAGGGCUGCCGCCAUCCUCGUAUGAAAAUCUGCUGUUUAGCUGUGACUGCGCAAUGUUUUUCAAUAUAGGAUAUUUUAUCUGAAAAUAGAACUAUUUAUCAUUAAUAUUAAAGCAAUAGCGCAUUAGUGGUGAUGAGUGUGUUAAUGAAGAAAUGGAUGAGCAUAUUAUGGGUAAAUGUUAGAUUCACAUUUGGUGGAAUUUUGUACUUUAUUUAUUAUUACUAAUAAUAAUAAUAACGGUGAUGAUUUCAAAAGUUGCAUUGCUAAACCCAAACUGUUCUGUUUUUUUAAUUUGAAUUUAAUUUCAUGGCUUGUAUAUUAUCCUUUUGUAUGUGCUCUUUUUGUAAUAAAUUGGAUAAAAUUGA